CUUGAAAAGGUUUAUGCAGCAACGUUGGUUGUUCAUGUUUAAAGCUGAAAAUUCACGAAUUUAUACUCAAUAAUUUUUACUUUUAUGUGAAUAGAUGUAUUGAAAUUAUAGUUUUUCAUAUAUUUUGUGAAUAACAUUCUGCAAGACAUUUUUAUACUUUUCAUCUGUAUUAUUUAACCUAGUAAUGGCUGGAAGAGUAGUAAAAAAGGCUCCUAAGAAAAAAGGAGCCAAUGGUUAUACCAUGCCUGAGCCAAUUCCAAAGGGAGAAAUAUUUACAGACAUGGGACAGAAAAAAUGGAUAAUUGGUUCAUCUAUUGGAGUCGGCGGUUUUGGUGAAAUUUAUUGUGCUGCAUCCUAUAUGGAGCAAUCGGCUAAGAAUUACAAUUAUGUUAUCAAAGUAGAACCACAUGGAAAUGGCCCUUUGUUUGUGGAAAUGCAUUUUUAUAUGCGAAAUGCUAAAGCUGAUGAUAUCGAAGCCUGGAAAAAGAAAAAGAAGCUCUCUUUGUUUGGCAUGCCAAAAUACAUUGGUUCUGGAAGUCACGAAUGUAACAAAGUAAAAUAUCGUUUUGUGGUAAUGGAACGGUAUGGGACAGACUUAUGGAAUUUAUUCCUUCAAAGUGGUCGCAGAUUUGAAGAACACACAGUAUUCAAAGUAGCUUUACAAAUUAUAAACGUACUAGAGUACAUUCAUCAUAAAACCUAUGUACAUGCUGACAUAAAAGGAGGAAAUUUAUUACUAGAUCUGAAGUCACAAGAUCAUGUUUACUUAGUGGAUUUUGGUCUAGCAUCACAUUAUACCACAAAGUCAGAAUACAAAUUAGAUCCAAAGAAAGCACAUGAUGGUACAAUUGAAUACACUAGUAGAGAUGCACACAUGGGUGUGCCUACGAUGCGUGGUGACUUUGAAAUUUUGGCAUACAACAUAAUACAAUGGUUGUGUGGUUCCUUGCCUUGGGAAAAGAAUUUAAAAGAUGUAUCGGCAGUACAAAAACAAAAGGAACAAGCCUUUGACAACAUUCCAAAGUUUUUGAAAGCCUGUUUUGGCACUGAUGUGCCAAAGCCUGUGAAUGAUUAUAUGAAUCUCUUAGCUGGAAUGAAAUUCAAUGAACCUCCACAGUAUGAUAAAUUUCGUACAAUACUAACAAAUGGUUUAACCAAAUUAGGACACAAGCCAGAUGGUAAAUUGGAUUUCCAUUCGCCUAAUAAUACAACACAGCACACUGUUAGUACGACAAAAAAGAUAAAAAAGGUAACACCCAAAGAUAUGCGAAAGAGUCCUAGAGGAAAGCAAAUAAACUCGAGCCCAACAUCAAGUCCAGCACUGAGUCCUACAGGUGAGAGUCCUGGGGUGAUGAUAAAAAAUAAACGCGGAGGAUUGCGAGAGAUAAAGAAAAUCCUAGAAGAUAUGGAAGAAAUCGAUGACUCGGAUGCCGUUUAUCAAAUUCAAAUAAAAGAGCUUAAAAAUAGGAAAAAAUUGCCAAUCGUUAAGGAUUAUGUUAAAGCUGUUUCCGAGAAACCAAUCAAGAAUAAAAGGCCCAGAAAUAUUUCCAAGAUGUCGCAGUCUGAUUCCGAACCUGAGAUCAUAUCAAAGGGAACAAGAUCGCGUCCUCAAGUUGUACCAAAAUUAAGUCCCGGCAGUCAACCAGGUUCUAUCAAGUUGCUUGGCGAAGAAGAAAGUGACAGUAACGAAGAUAUGUUUGGUGACGAUGAUGAUGAUGAUUCCGGAAGAACGCCACCGAAGAUACGGAAGAAAAAUACAUCAAAUGCUGGCGACAGAUUUGCAAAAAUUCGAACUACUAAAUCUCGUGUACAUAAGAAGGAAUGAAAAAAAGUAGAUGAAGAAUAAGUACAUUGUUAUUUUUUCUCAAAAUACAACCACGUUUAAUUAUACUUUGUAUGAAUAUUCAUUGGAGAAUGUGGGAGCAAAAGACUUUCAUAUGUUAAGACUAGGUCUUGCGUCUUAGUUUAUUUUUAAAUGUUCAUUGAAAUAUUGAGUGCUGAUUGUUGAGCAAUAAUAUUAAUCUUCCUAGUAUUACACAUAUACGUGAAAAAUAUAAAAAUGAUAAUCUGACAUUCGUGAUUAUGAAUGAUUGGAAAUAAACAUUUUUUUAUACACCA